AAAAAAGAAGGGAAUUUCUUAAAUAUUUGGUAUCAUUACAAAACAGGGACACAAGCGCAAAAGAAAGCGAUAUUCCUAUUUCGAAUUCCCUGGCGGCAGCUUCAUCAGAUCUCUUCCCCUUCCCCUCGUUAUCGAACCUCCAAAAUCUGACUGCAACCAGACACGGAGAAGGCCAAAACUUCCUCGGUUGGAUCGGAAAAAGACAGAGAAAAUAGAAAAAUGGGUUGCAGAAACAGAGAUUUCACAGACGACGAGACUGUCUCUUCGUCCUCUUCUUCUUCGCUAAGCGAGGCCUUGCUCUUUGCCACCAUGUGCAUCAUUGGCCUCCCAGUUGAUGUCCACGUCAAGGACGGUUCUGUGUAUUCUGGAAUCUUCUACACUGCCUCUGUGGAGACUGAGUACGGUAUUGUUUUGAAGAAAGCAAGGAUGACCAAAAAGGGGAAGAGUGAUGCUAAUGUGGGAAAUGGGGCACUGAUCGAGACUCUUGUGAUUCGCUCCAGUGACCUUGUCCAAGUUGUUGCUAUGGGAGUUUUGCUUCCAGCUGAUGGUAUUACUGGAAAUAUAGCUAGCGACGAAACUGAAGCUGUUAUGGAUACUGUUUCUUCUGAUGUGUGCUCAAAGAAUGAUGGAAAGAAGUCAAUUGAUUCUUCCACAAAUAAGAAGAAAAUGGAUGGUUUUAGGGGCCCAAUGCAAAAUGGAAAUGGCCUUGCUCAUGGUGUUGCCCCAAAGAGAGCUGUAAAGGAGCAUGAAGGGAGGAAAUUUCCACUGAAACAUGCUGUAAAUGCCCUGGAAGUUAAAAAUGGAAAAAUGGAUGGGAUAAACUUGUCAGAGAUUAAAGAAGCCCCUAAUGGGAGACAGGUUGAAGAUGAUGGGUCCUCAGGGAAACAGGAUGAUUUCAAACAGAAACAUGAGUUUUAUAGGGAAGAAAGUGCUGAUAAAGUUCAUGAUACAAAGAUCCCAUCCAAGUUAUUGCCUCACGGAGUAUCUCAUGAUCCUGCUACUGUAAUUGUUAAUACAGAAAAUCAAUGUUGUGAAAGGACAACUUCAGCAGACAUUUCAUCUGGUGUUGUUUCUUCAAGUGUCACAACUUCAUUGAAUCCGGCCGUGGAUGUUUCAUAUGGCCAUCUGGUGGCAACUUCAACUGAAAUGGUCCCUCCUCAAGGUUCAGAAUUUACUAGAAGCACCAAGGAAUUUAAGCUCAACCCAGGAGCAAAAACAUUCUCACCAUCGUUUACGAAGGCCACGACAUCAACCCCUCCCCCAUUGCCAACAGUGGGAAGCAUGGGUUAUCUACCAAACAACUCCCCCAUGGUACCUGUUGCUGCUGCUCAGCCAGGCGUUGGAUCAAAUCCUUUUGCAUCUCGUACCUCUCUACCUUUUAAGGUGGUCCCCAUUAAUAAUUUCACAAAUGGAAAUGGUGGCAGUGGCUCUCAAUUUUCACAACCUAUUGUUGGACACGUGGGGAGCAGGGCACAGACGCUUAGGUAUGCUGGUCAGUAUCCUGUCAGGCUGCACCUCCCUAUGUUCAUCCCAAUUCUCAAGCUGUUAUGGUUGGACGAUUCGGGCAGCUUGUAUACGUGCAUCCAGUUUCUCAAGAUUUGGUGCAGGGUGCAACGGCAAUCUCACCACUGUCUGCUCGUCCUGUGUUGACUCCACAUCAGGUCCAGUUUCCCAAGCACCAAGGAACUGCACCAAACCAAGCUUUUCAGCUCUGUGUUCCUCCACCGUUUAUGGCCACAGGACAGCAGCCUUUCCCCAAUACCAAGUCACAUCCCAUUUUUGCGACCUCCCUUCCCUUCUAAUCGUCUCAUUGAAGUCCCAGGAUCUAAUGAUCUUGUUCGCCCCAACCCCAGAUUUUGGUGAAAAUGUUUCUUCGACUAAUUACCUCCGCCAGGGGUUCUUUUUCCCAUAUUCAUAUUAUAGAUUUUGAAAAUUUUGGCCUUAAAUUCUUUCAACCUGCAUUCAUUCAUUGUGUUAUUUUCUGUACCUUAAAGUUGAGAGAACUUUUGCAAAAGGGUUUGCUAAAGGAAGGGAAGCUUACAUUGGUUUUUCGAAAUGUAGUGAACUUUUCCUGCACGAAAAGGGAGGGAGUUUCGUGGUUUUUGCUUCCAUUUGAACAAUUUUGGACAAUAGAGUGACUUGUAAAUUAUUCAAACAACCAAUGUUUGUAUUUCUUCGUUUGAUUUUGAAAUUUCACAUCCCUCUGCUGA